AUGAGCAGUCUCGAAAAACUUUCAACCUACACACACGAGUUGGAAAGUGUCGAGUCAAAGAUUGAAGAAAACAUCACCACUCUUCGUCGUCUAAACAUUACCAAUCAAUCGGAUCCAAAUUUUAUUUCCUCACAAAUUUCCACACUAUCCGAAACUAUUGAAGAAUUAUUGGAAAAAUGUAGGAAAUUAUAUAACAAGAUUAAUAACUUGACAAAGAAUGAUCCAUCCGUUGAAAAUCAAGUAUCCGAUACCAAGAAGAAACACAAGGAAAUUAUUGCCAAGUUGAGAGCAAGUUACAAACAAUCAAAAACAUUUAUUGAAACUAAAGCAAAGGGGUUGAAUGAUGGUAAAUCAUCAAAUAACUCUGCUUUAGAAUCAACAAAUUCCAAUUUAACAUCAAAUUCAUCAUCAUCAGCAACAAAUAGUGGUGGUGUUCGUAAAAAGGAAGGUUUCUUUACAUUUGCAAACAAAUUGAAUGAAGGAAAGAAUUCAUCCAAUGCCAUUGAAGAAGAUGAUGUUGUGGAAGUUAAGAGAAACAGUGAUGCUGAUGUGACAAAUAUGUACAAGGGAAAUGCCAAUCUGACACAGGAACAACGUCAAAGGCACGAUGAAAUUGAAAAGGAAUUAUUUUCUGAAGUAUUUUCAACUCAGAAGGAAUGUUUGGACAUUAUCGAUCGUUUGAAUAAGAAAUCAGAGGAAACUAUUGCUUUGGCAACUGAUUCUGCUGAUUUACUGAGACAACAAAGAGACCAAUUGAGGAGAAUUGAUGAAGAAAUGGAUGCUCUCGGAAGCAAUGUGAAAAGAGCUCAAAAGGAAAUUACCAGUUUCAUGAGGAGAAUUCAAACUGAUAAGUGUUGUGCUGUUUUGUGUUUGUUAGUUGCUUUGGCCAUCUUGGGUGGUUGCAUCUUUGCUAUUGUUAUGAAAUUCGUACCAUUGCCAAACAACAAUAACAAUAACAAUAAUAAUAAUAACAACAACAAAAAGACUAAUAGCACCAAUUUACAAUUCAGAAUUUUCUAA